AUGCGACACAACGGCAUGACGAUGGACGCUCCAAUCAAGCAAGAGCCAGUUGUCGCGGCUACGCCCCCAAGCAGACCCGCAGAUCCCAUGUCUUUCUCCAGCAUCCUUUCCAACGCCGACCCAAUCUCGAAGCCAACACCUGCUCCUACUCCUACUAUCGCCAAACCUCGAAAGCCAUCACGGCAAUCAAUACCUGCGCCCGUGCAUGAAACGAUGUCAAGAGACAGUUCCCGACAGUCCUCCCUCGCCCCAACACAGACACCUACAGUCCGAGUUCCUGCGAAGCGGAAGGCGAAUGGCGAGCCAAAAAAGCCUUCUCCAAAGCAGAAGCAAAUAUCGAAGGAGCAAGAAAAGGAGGUAGCUGCUGCGCUGGCGAGGAUUGAGGCGGAUACGAGCGAUGUCGAGAUGCCAGAAUUCGAUGAAGACAAAAAGACAUUCAAGGUCCGAAGUCUAAAGCGCAAGCUCGAAGUAGAGAAUGUCGAGACAUCCAAGACGAAGCAACGAAGAAAGACUUUCUCAGAUAAAAUGGCACAAAAGCUUGGUAGACACGCAGAUCUUGGUGAGCUCCGAUUCAGGGAGAUCAACGUCGACGCUGCUAUCACGGCAGUUCAAGAAAAGGAGGUCCAGGCCGAAAAGGAGCGCAAGAAGGACAUGCAGAGAAAGCGUCGACGAGAAAAGACUGUUGCCACCAACGUUGAGCAGAGUCAAGCCGCCCUGGCAAAGGCUCAGGCUGCUGAAGAUGAGCACGAGAGGCAGAAAUACUUGAAGGAAGCCCAGAGAGCAGAGAAGAAGGCUCAGCAGACCAAGAUGAUCUUGUCCCGAGGCGACAAGGGUCCGGAGAUUCGUGCUGUAUCACCAAUGGAGCCUAACUUCUCUGGAGGUAUGAUGUCUACAUUUACUGCUGUCGAGGAAAAAGUCAAGCCCAGGCGUGGCGGAGCUCGCCCGCGAAAGUCCAAAGAGCAGAAGCAAGCAGAGAAAGAUUCAGCAGAGGCUGCACAAGCUGCAAUUGAUGCUGGAGAGGAGCCACCGUCUUUGCCACCUCCACCGAAGGAAGAGCCCAAGAUCAGACUCAAGCUGAACGCCAAGGAGCAUAAGGAACCUAGAGAGGAGUCCCCAGCGACAUUCGAGCCAUUUGUUUCAAAGGGUUAUAACCAGAUUUACGACCAGAUUUGGCGAGAUUUGGCGCGCAAAGAUGUCAGCAAGACUCACAAGGUAGCUGGUGAAUCGUACGGGACGAGAGCCUCCAACUUGAAGAAGACUGCUAUUCUGGCUUCGAAAGAGGCCAAGAGAUGGCAACUCAAGACAAAUAAAGGCACAAAGGACCUUCAGGCGCGUGCCAAGCGUGCCAUGCGAGAGAUGAUGGGCUUCUGGAAGCGUAACGAGCGAGAGGAGAGAGACCUCCGACGAGCCGCUGAGAAGCAAGAGCUUGAGAAUGCGAAGAAAGCGGAAGCUGAUCGAGAAGCCAAUAGGCAGAAGCGGAAACUCAACUUCCUCAUUUCCCAGACUGAACUCUACUCGCAUUUCAUUGGCAAGAAGAUCAAGACUGACGAGGUUGAGCGAUCGACCGAUCAUCCGGACGAGGCUGUAUCGAAAAGCGAUGGAAAUACAAACAAGAUCAAUGUUCCCGAUAACCACGGAGCUCCUGGUGCCAAGGUCACGAACUUCGAGGAUCUCGAUUUUGAUGCUGAGGAUGAGAGUGCUUUGCAAGCUGCUGCUAUCGCUAACGCCCAGAACGCUAUCCAAGAAGCUCAAAAUAAGGCCAGAGCAUUCAAUAAUCAAGACGACACUCCUGCCAUGGACGAUGAGGGAGAGAUGAACUUUCAAAAUCCUUCUGGAAUGGGCGAUGUCGACAUUGAGCAGCCCAAGAUGCUUCAAGCUCAGCUCAAAGAGUACCAACUUAAGGGUCUCAACUGGCUGGUCAAUCUCUAUGAGCAGGGCAUCAAUGGUAUUUUGGCCGACGAGAUGGGCCUGGGAAAGACUGUUCAAUCAAUCUCGGUCAUGGGUUAUCUUGCUGAGAAGCAUAACAUUUGGGGUCCAUUCUUGGUUGUUGCUCCUGCUUCCACACUUCACAACUGGCAGCAAGAAAUCACCAAGUUCGUUCCCAUGCUGAAGGUGUUACCAUACUGGGGUACCGCUGCCGACCGAAAGGUGCUCCGAAAGUUCUGGGAUCGCAAACACAUCACCUACACCAGAGACGCCCCCUUCCACGUCUUGAUCACUUCUUAUCAGCUGGUCGUAUCUGAUGUGAAUUACUUUCAGAAGAUGAAGUGGCAGUACAUGAUUCUUGAUGAGGCUCAGGCUAUCAAGAGUUCACAGAGUUCUCGAUGGAAGAGCUUGCUUGGUUUCCAUUGCCGUAACCGAUUGCUUUUGACUGGUACGCCUAUCCAAAACAACAUGCAGGAAUUGUGGGCUCUGCUGCAUUUCAUCAUGCCCAGCUUGUUCGAUUCGCACGACGAAUUCAGCGAGUGGUUCUCAAAGGAUAUCGAAAGCCAUGCUCAGAGUAACACCAAGCUCAACGAAGAUCAGCUGAAGAGAUUGCACAUGAUCUUGAAGCCCUUCAUGCUUCGUCGUGUCAAGAAGCACGUUCAAAAGGAGCUGGGUGACAAGAUUGAGCUGGACAUCUUCUGUGACCUCACGUACCGCCAACGAGCUUAUUAUGGCAACCUUCGCAAUCAGAUCAGCAUUAUGGAUCUCAUUGAGAAAGCCACAAUUGGUGAUGAUGGUGAUGCUGGCACUCUUAUGAAUUUGGUCAUGCAGUUCCGAAAGGUCUGUAACCAUCCCGACUUGUUCCAGAGAGCCGAGACCACGUCCCCCUUCUCUUUUGGUCACUUUGCCGAGACUGCUUCUUUCAUGCGUGAAGGACCUUUGAUCAAUGUUGGCUAUUCUACCCGCAAUUUAAUUGAGUACCAACUCCCUCGAUUGGUUUGGAGAGAGGAUGGGCGACUUAGCAUGCCUGGACGAACUAACGAUAAGGCCGGAUUCAAGAGCAAAUAUUUGGAUCAAUUAUUGAAUGUCUUCAAGCCAGAAUACAUUCGUGAGAAUAUGGCCGAGAACAAAGCUUUUGCUUGGCUUAGAUUCGCUGAUACCUCGAUUGGCGAUGUUUCUCAAGCUGCUCACAAGGAUCUAUUCAGCCGCGCAGUCAAUCUUGCUCAAAAGCCACGUCGACUUGGUGUCCUCGAUGUCGUCUACGAUGAGGAAGAGGAAAAGAAUUUCACUCCUGCUCAGGCCAUGCUGAGGAUCGUGGAUCGCAAGGACCGAAAGCCAUUAGCAGAAGUCACCGAUGAGGGUUAUCUGAAUAAGCUUUUCAAUGUCUCCAAGGACGUCUUUGCGAAAUCUGGUCUCAGUCGACUCGAACAAUGCGGUCGACCUUCAGCCUCUGCUCCACCAAUCGAGGUUGUUUGCUCUAGCCGAGGUGCUGUAAUUGAGAAGGAGAACAUCCUGUUCAAUGUACCAAUGCGUCGUGCUCUAUAUGGUCCAUCGCCCCUUGAAGAGAGAGCGUUGAUUGCAUCUAAGGUUCCUACGGCGAUGUAUCCCCCACCUAAACUUCUUCCUGCUCCCACUUCCGAGAAGCAGCGCUUCACCAACAUCCGUGUACCUUCAAUGCGUCGCUUCGUCACCGAUUCUGGAAAACUUGCUAAGCUGGAUGAACUACUGUUCAAGCUCAAGGACGAAGGUCAUCGUGUAUUGCUAUACUUCCAGAUGACUAAGAUGAUCGAUCUCAUGGAAGAGUACCUCACUUACCGCAAUUACAAGUAUCUCCGUCUUGAUGGUUCCACUAAACUUGAAGACCGAAGAGAUACUGUGCACGAUUUCCAGACUCGGCCAGAGAUUUUCAUCUUCCUUCUCAGUACCCGUGCAGGUGGUCUUGGUAUCAACUUGACCAGUGCUGACACUGUCAUCUUCUACGAUUCUGAUUGGAACCCCACCAUCGAUUCUCAAGCCAUGGAUCGUGCCCAUCGUCUCGGUCAGACUAAACAAGUCACAGUCUAUCGCAUGAUCACUCGUGGUACUAUCGAAGAGCGUAUCCGAAAACGAGCUCUGCAGAAAGAAGAAGUGCAGAAGGUUGUCAUGACUGGUGGCUCAGGUGGCGGUGUCGACUUCAACACCAGAUCGAAGGAGAACCGAACCAAGGAUAUUGCCAUGUGGCUCGUGGACGAUGAGGAGGCUGCGGAGAUUGAGAGAAAGGAGGCAGAGAUUGCGGCAGAGGAAGCCAAGAUGCCUGAGAAGGGAAAGAAGGGUAAAGGCAAGAAAAGGAAGGCGGAGGCUGGUGGCAGCUUGGAGGAUCUUUACCACGAGGGUGAAGGUCACUUCGACGAUGGCUCCAAUCGUCCUUCUGGCGCCGCAACACCCAUUCCUGGCGCUGACGGCGCCGCAUUGGGAUCGAAAGGCAAGAAGCCUCGAAAGAAUGCUUCUGCCAAGAAAGCCAAGACUGCAAAGCAGAGACUUGCAAUGGCUGACGGCGACGUCGACAUGGGCUAA